AUUGGGGUCUUUCUGGCAGCGAGCGAGUCGACAGAGCCAGGUGUGUAGGAAACUGGGAAUCUGAUAAUUUACCUGCCACAGGUGUCUGUGUUAGAAGUGUAACAAACUAAAUGACGACCUCGAUAUUGAAGUGAAACAACUCACAGUCGAUAAAAUGAAUAACCCCAUCCCAUCCAACAUGAAGUCAGAGGCAAAGAAAGCCGCCAAGAUCCUCCGACAAUUUACUGAGAUUUCAAAAGGCAAUGGGCCUGACAAACUCAUCCCAGCCAACAUAAUAGCGAAGUGCCAGGGCCUGGCCAUCAUCACCGUGAUAAAAGGAGGCUUCAUGAUCACGGCCCGGGGUGGCAGCGGCAUAGUCAUCGCCAGACUGGCCGACGGACGCUGGUCCGCUCCGUCAGCCAUCGGUAUCGCUGGUCUCGGUGGGGGGUUUGAAAUCGGCGUUGAGGUAUCGGACCUGGUGAUAAUUCUGAUGCAGCGCAGGGCAGUGGAUUCCUUCUCCAAAGGAGGAAACCUCACCCUGGGGGGCAACUGUACAGUGGCUGUGGGGCCAAUGGGAAGGAACGUGGAGGCCGACGUAGCUCUGCGUAGCACUGCAGCGGUCUUCACCUACUGUAAGUCCAGAGGGCUGUUUGCCGGAGUGUCUCUGGAGGGAUCCUGCCUGAUCGAACGCAAAGACACCAACUGCAGGUUCUACUCUCAGGAGAUCCGUGCGUCGGCCAUAUUGAACGGGGAUGUAGAACCUCCCCCCGAAGCUCAUGACCUGUACGCUAUACUGGACAGCUACGCAGAAAAAUACAACAUCGAGUGGGCGGCCAAGCAAUUAGGACAGAAGGCUAUAGAGUCCAGCAAAGCCCCAGUGAGACCCAGAGCCCCUGCCUCACAGAGAUCUGCCAGCGCGUACAUGACUGAGGCGGUGAAGCCCUCCCUCUAUCCAAGUGUCUCUGCCUUUAAAUCCGACAGCGCAGGGUCCUAUAAGAGCAGUCCAAGAACUGCCCAGAAGGACAACGGUGGGCUUAGGGCAUGGGACGAUGAGCCUGUAGUCGUCAGGGCGAUACACCCAUUCACAGGGCAACAGCCUGGCGACUUGAGCUUCAACCCUGGCGACGAGAUCACCGUGGUUACCAAGACGGAGUCACAGUAUGACUGGUGGGAGGGGACCCUGAACGGGCAGACCGGAAUAUUCCCUGCUAAUUUUGUCGCCUACCCCUGAACACGUGAACACACACGCCCUACCCCAUCACACACACACACACACACACACACACAAUUAUUGCAAGGUGGAGAAUUUUUGCACACCCUUAAUCUCCCAAGAUUUACACACACACACACACACAGCGUGCCUUACUGUGUUUAAAGCGAUCUAGGGAUGAAAGGUCUUUCUUCGGGGUUGUGACUGUGUCUGUCAGCACUCACUGCACUUUCCAUACUAUCUACAUGAACUGUGCUUCUCAUCUCUUCCUGGAGGAUCCAGGUCGGCUUAAGGUCAGCGUUACGUUUCCCGCUGAUCGCGUCCAGGCUGGUUUGGGGGGUGGGGUCAUGGAGCUGGCUCCUGGGCCUUAAUGGCGCAUUGAAGAGUCGAUCACCUUUGUUGUGGUCACUCUGUCCAUGCUGGCAUUUUAUUAUCAUGAUGUAAAAGGCUUAGCAGAGCCAAUCAUCACUCCUAUUCUGCUUCUCUGCCAGCCAUCACAGCUGCUCUCUGGCAACCUAAACCAUAACAAAGAACCGUGUGGAAGGACAGAUUAAGCUCAGCCCAGUUUGGGUCUGCUUGAAGCUUUCUUUAAGGGCCUGGGACAGAAGAACAUGGUGUUAUCAGCAAUGCUGCCUGCGCUCCUUUUAAUUUGCUGUCGUUCUUUUAUACUGUAGCUGUUAUAGUCCCAUAGAACUCUGACUUGAAAGAGGGAUUAGGUGUAGUGAAGUAAAUAAAAUGUUUUGUUUCCGUGAGGAAAGCAUUGCAGAGAAUAAUGUAUUCAAUGUUCCGAAGUAGAUGUUCUCAUUGUGGAACAUGGCAAUACGGCCAUUUUUAUGAUACUCGAUCAAUGUAUUUAAUGUUAAAUAAUAUUCUUAUCUUAAAGCCUGUAUGCCUUCCUUAAUGUGUGGAUAUCAUUAAAGAAUACUUUGCCUGUAA